UAUGAAAUUGCCACCCAAGCCCAAGUUGUAGCUCUACGGUUAUAUGGAGCUCCCUCUUCAAAGGUUGAGGAGCUGACAGGAGUAGGAGAAAGGACUCAAAGAGCUAUGGUUAAGAAGGCAAAAAAUAGAGGCUUUGAUGGCUCACUUCUUCUAAAUAUUCAUAUAGAAGAUGGAGCUCAUACGGAUGCUACAUGCAAAAGGACUCCCUUCUUUGCAAAGGAGCUAGUUGAGAAGGUGCGCAAGGACCGUUACAGCCGUGAAAAGACCCUUGAAAUAUUGGCCCAUGAGCUUACUUUAGAGGGG